AAAAUAAAAAUGGCGAAUCAUGUUGUAAAUUCAACUGACAAUAAACAUAGUUUUUUACAAAAUGGUAACAAACAAUGGGUAAAAUUAAACGUGGGUGGUACCUAUUUUUUAACAACAAAAACUACACUAGCCAGAGAUCCGAAUUCUUUUUUAUUUAGGCUUGUACAAGAAGACAGUGAUUUAAUUUCAGAUAAAGAUGAUACUGGUGCAUAUUUAAUAGAUCGCGACCCAAAUUAUUUUUCUCCUGUUUUGAAUUACCUGAGGCAUGGGAAAUUGGUCAUAAACAAAGGUCUGGCUGAAGAAGGUGUUUUAGAAGAGGCUGAGUUUUAUAAUAUUGCUGAACUUAUUGUCUUAAUUAAAGAAAGGAUACUAUUUAGAGAUAAUAGACCUAGCAAAGAUGGCCAAAAACAUGUAUACAGGGUGUUGCAGUGUCAUGAAGAUGAACUUACUCAGAUGGUAUCCACACUAUCAGAUGGUUGGAAGUUUGAGCAACUUAUAAAUAUAGGGUCUCAGUAUAAUUAUGGUGCCGAUGAACACGCCGAGUUUUUGUGUGUGGUUAGUAGAGAGUAUGGGCAACCGGAAGGUAAGGAGGUUAGAGGGGAAAGAGAAGAUAGGGCCAAAGUGUUACAACAAAAAGGUUCACAAAUGUAAUUUUCUACUAUUUAUAUUUUAAAAGCAGUCGUGCUUUUUUUGUGUUAUAUGAUCUUCAAUUGUUAGUAUUCUUCCUUCUUAAUCCAUGAUAUCACAUGAUAUUUUAUUUAGCUGUGAAAACAUGUAUAGCUUUAUGUGUAUUUUUGUUUGAAUAUAAACAAGAUUGAAAGCCAAAAUUAUACUUUUUUUGAUAAACUCUGAAUGUAUGUAUUUUUAAUAUGCUGCCAUACGUUUUUGUAAUAUUAAAAAUAAGCCUGUAAUAUUUAUAAAGACUUUUAUUUGUUGUGUUAAGAAUAGGUGCGACAGUGUACAAUAAAGAGUACCCACAUAUUAAUUUUGAACUUGUGUUUUUUUUAAUUAACCUUACUUUUACCCAAGCUGACCAAUGGUUACACUUUUUAAUCAACUAAAAGAAGAGAAUAGUUACAUAACAAAGAUACUUAACUAAUGUAUUUUAUUUUCAAUAAAAAUUCAUUAAUAAUCAUGUAAAGUAUUUUACUCUUAAAUAUCUAUAUUUAUAACAUAAAAACCUAACUGGAUGCCACUUGUUUUAAAGGUUCUUCCAAAUAUGAAGCUAAAGCAUUUGCUUUCUCUUUUAACAUGCCAAAUCCAACAUUAUUUCUAGCAUAUAAACACAAUAAUUGAUUAGACACUUGGGUGAUUGCAAUACGCCCAUCCAUACAUUCCAUAAGAAUCAUUUGAGGAUGUUCCUCCCGAAACGCAUUUCGGCCAUUUUUUUCAUAUGCACCCCAUAUGUUACUAGCUAUAGCAGCUGUCACUCUGGCAUCUUUAUCCCCAUAGCCACUGUAAGCUAGUAGGGUUCCAUCCUGAUUCAAAAGG